AUGUCAGUUGAUCAGCUCUACUCUCUCCUUCAACUUGCUAGAGACGCGCAGCAGGGCGAGGGCUGGGAAACCUUCGGCCCCACUCCUGCCGAGGAACAUGGCUCCGCCAGAAAGAUCGUGGCUGGUAGAUGGUGUGCGAGAGUUCGCGGCGUGCUUCAACAGAGUGCCGUCCCGGCCAAGUCAUUCUGGCCACUGCCCGAAGUGCUGGCAGAAGCUGUGGAAGGAGCGGGAGGCUCAACCAUCAUCUUCAAAAGAUUUCGAUUGCUCGCCAGGCAUGCACCGGGCGAUGCAACCGUGGAGCAAUCAUUGCAAAACUUUGUCCCGUGGUAUCGGUGCUUCGUCGAUGGUGAACAUGCUGUUAGGAUCUUGGUCCAAAGUGGCUACCCUGCUCUUGACCAGUGCACGAUGAUUGUCUGCCCGACCAGCAGCAACCUCGGGCCCUUGGCCUUCGCAGCGACGUCGUCACCUCUGAGGGAAUUCCCGGGUGCGGUGGUCAUCACCCAAAGCUUCUUGCUGCCACCUGGAGUAGACCCAAGCUGCGCUGUUGCCACUAUGCCUGGUAUCACCAGUGCCUGCACACAGCUUCGAUUGGCAAGAUGCCCCUGCAUGCUGCAGACGCAGCAAAUGAUGGACACGUACUACAUCAUCCUGACGCUGAAGAAGUGCUCAUCGGGAAGUCCAUUUCUUCCCCGCAGCCGCCACGCCGUGGCCAAUCGUGCUGAGGACUGGCAUCGGCUGUCGUACGACGAGUUUGAGCUGACAAAGUAUUUGCGGCGCUUCCUCAGCGUAGUCGGCCUUGAUCAUGUUCUUGUCUAUGGAACUAUGCACGGGUUUCGCAUCGCCCCAUACAUGGCACUCGUGUCGCGACAGCAGUGGGAACAUGCUUUUCGGCGGAUUGAUGCCUGGUUACGGACUGCUGGUGCUGCCUAUCGGAUGCAAACAGGCGCCACGAGUGCUCCAAAGAUCUUGGAAGUUCAACAAGCCCGCUUCGUGGAGCGGUGCUUGCCGUCCCCAGGACUGUCCAGAAGAUUAUCUACAGGAUCGAUAAACGAGACGCUCGUACUUCAUCAUUUUCUGCAGCCAAUCCCGGCUGAGCCAGGCCUGACUUGGCUCUAG